AUUUCUUUGUUAAAAAGCCUGCUGUAAAUAAAUACCUUUAUUUUAUAAAGGCAAUACUUAAUAUCUAAAAUCUACGUCAAUUGUUUUGUGAAUGUGUGUGUUGGAUAUCUUCCCGCCAAGGAGCUUCGAGCUGUCAGAAAUUGACAAAAUCAGUAUAACUUUACGGCCGAAGUUGUGUAUUUUGUUUUAUUUUUAAUAUAUUGUCUUAAAAAAUCAUUGUUUUAUUAAAAUGGCUAAACCAGAAGAAAGUGAAGAAAAUUGGGUGGCCACUAUGGACAAUCUGUGCUCACAAUUAAAUGUUGAUCCAGGUGCGGCGAAAAAAUCAAAGGAAUCAUAUUCGGAGAUUAAACAAAAUUAUACAUUGGACGGUGAUGAGCUGCACUGGAUGGCGUGCGCUCUAUACGUCGCGUGUCGUACUUCUAUCACGCCGACAGUGCAAUCAGGAAAGGCUGUUGAGGGCAACUGUGUCAGCCUCACCAGACUUCUUAGACUAUGUAACAUAAGCCUUAUCCAAUUUUUCAACAAAAUCAAGAACUGGAUGGAAAUGGCUUCAAUGUCAACAGAUUUUAAAGAUAGGAUAACUAGAUUAGAACGUAAAUUUGCAGUAUCCACUGUACUUUUUAGAAAAUUUCAACCAAUAUUUCAAGAAAUAUUCUCUGGUUUAACAAAUGAACCAGUUAAAAGCAACACUAAAAGCAAGAAACAAAAGUUACAACCAUGUACAACAAAUGCUUUAUUUGAGUUCAGCUGGUGUUUAUAUGUGUGUGUGAAGGGAGAGUUCCACAACUCGGCCGAUGAUCUUGUUGAUAUGUAUCAUGUUUUAUUGUCAUGUCUUGACUUUGUGUUUGCUAAUGCCUUCAUGGCUAGACGCUAUGAUGUUAUAAAUCCUGCUUUCAAAGGCUUACCGUCAGAUUGGCUUAAAGAUGAUUUUGAAUUACCAAAAAAGCCACCCUGUAUUAUAUCAGUGCUGUGUGAGAUCAAGGAGGGAUUGGCGGUUGAAGCCGCAACUAUGAAGGAGUACAGUUGGAGACCUGUGAUAAAGACGUUUUUUGACAAAGGAAUUCUUAAAGGUAACAAUGAUCAACUGACAGGUUUACUUGACAUCGGUAAUUUUGAUGCAAAUCUAAAAUCACUGAACAAUUUAUAUGAAACCUAUGUAUUAAGUGUUGGCGAAUUUGAUGAGAGGAUAUUUUUGGGGGAGCAUGCCAAUGAACAGAUUGGGACAAAGAAUAAGGUUUCGGGGGAUGAGAUAUCACAAGUCAUAGCAUCAUUUGGACCUAGUUCUCGAGCAUGUCCUGACACACCCCUAACGGGCAGACGUUACUUGGCGCGUCGUGAGGAGCUGACACCAGUAUCAGAGGCCACCAACAGUCUAGCUCGACUGGCUGCCCUGCUGAGACAAGCACGACCCAAGCCCUCACCCACCUUAUUAAGAUUUUUCGCCGACUGCGGUGUGGAUAAAGUGACUAUAGUGAAGAAUGUGGUGCAACCCUGUAAUGGAUGGAUGGAGAAGUUCUCGGAGAGUCUGUCGGAGUGUAACUGCAGUAAGGAGACCAUAGCGUUCAGGUGCAACAUGGUUACAUGCCUGUACUAUAAAGUGUUUGAACACAUCAUAACGGAGGAGCACAGGAAGAAACCGCAGUUGUCAUUACAGAUUCUUCUGUCCCAGGAGACGUUCCAAUUGACGGUGUACGCUUGUUGUACGGAGGUAGUCCUACAUGCCUAUGGAGUGCAUUCCCUUCGUUUCCCGAGGGUCCUUCAGAUAUAUGGUCUCAGUGCGUUCCACUUCUACAAGAUCAUUGAGCUGGUGGUGCAGGCCGUGGUGCAGAAACUGAGCCGGGAUGUCAUCAAACAUCUCAAUGCGGUUGAAGAGCAAGUCUUAGAAUCAUUAGUAUGGACAUCUGACAGUCCGCUCUGGGAUCAGCUGAGCAAGAAUCCCAUACCGGCCGCCAUUGAAGUAUACGCGCAAGAUUCACCCAACAGAAGGAAUGCCAGUGGUUUACAAUCUCCGAUAUCAGCGGCCAUAGAUAGGUAUUUAACACCGAUGGCAGAUCAAGCGAAGAAACAGCUUUUUAAGGAUAACAUCAAACCUGGACAAUCACUGCUAGUUCAAACAAAUAACAACGUUAAGCAGGAGCCACAACAAGUGCCGAUUGUGUCAACAGCGGAGACCACACCCAACACAACACCCAAGAAAGCAAAUAACUCAUUAAUACUUUUCUUCAGGAAGUUCUACAGCCUGGCUGUGAUCAGGAUGAAUGAUUUGUGCACGAGGUUGAAGUUGACAGACGACGAGCUCAAGAGGAAGAUAUGGACCUGUGUGGAGCACUCCGUCAUGAACCAGACACAGCUCAUGAGGGACAGGCAUCUCGACCAGAUACUCAUGUGUGCCGUCUACGUCAUAUGCAAGGUUUCCAACGCGCCCAGCAAUCAAGUUGAGAGAACAUUCGCGGACAUCAUGCGCUGUUACAGACAGAGACCUCUGGCGGACAAUCAUGUUUAUAGAUCAGUUCUUAUUAACAAAGGAAACGAUGAAGAAUCACCGGAGAGAGGAGAUCUUAUAAAUUUUUACAAUAAAGUAUAUGUUAAAUGCAUGCAGAAUUUCGCGCUACGGUUCACUGGGAAACAUAAAGAUGGCUGCAGCCUAUCUCCGCUGCCGGCUGGUCGCGCCGGACGCUCGGGCCGCUCGGGCUGGUCUCCCGGCGGCCAGCGAGUGUCGGAGCGCCACCAGUUAUACGUGAAGCCGCUCACCACCCCGCCUCACCACCACCACCACCUCACCUACAGGUUCAGCCGCAGCCCCGCCAAGGAUCUCCAGGCCAUUAACACUAUGGUGUCCUGCGAGGUGGGAGGGGUGAAGCGGGCUGUGGACGGCGAGGCUGGCGACGUGGUCAAAAGAGCUCGGUGUGCGGCGCCGGGGGUCGCGCGCAAGCUACAGGGUCUAGUUAGCGACCGACAGGCUGUUUAGAAUAUGGUCCACUAUCCAUGUAGUCGCCGCGCCAUACACGAGCGGGACAUGAAUUCCAGUCAUAUUUAUUGUAGUACCAAAAAAUGCUUGUAGCUCUCUAGGUGUAUCUUUCCGUUGUAUUUUAUAUUUUUCACUUGACUUAUGACAAAAUUAUUGAAAAUCAAUUGCGGUGGAGAACUAUCGUCACAACGCGGGCCUCUAUUCGGCGCGCUCUUAUUGGUGCUAUCUCUGUAGCUUCGGUACGCCGCUGGGUCACAGCCGUGAUGCUUGCAGCGGAACAGCUUCGGUAUCGGAGACUCGGAUUGACACAAACUGAAAACUAUAUUGAUCUCAUACGUCGCUGACGGCCGGGCGUCCGCGGCGAGCUCGUCCGUGUAUUUAAUAAGUAUGUCGUGUGUCGAGAUUCUCGUGUUUGGUGUAUAUCGCGCCGGGACGCGUCGGCGCCGGUGUAGGUAAGCGUCGCGGAGUCAUGUAUAUAGAGAUAUGUUUUACACCAAGCGAACACGACCGUUUAAUCUAUUGUAACGAAAUGAUUUUAAAUAUUUAUCUCGGGCGCGAGUCGCCCGGCGCGGAGUUCCUGUUUAUUUCCGCGGGCCGCGCUCCGGUCCGCGUCUGUAUUGUUUGCUUCCAUUCAUAUAUUAUUUUUAGUCUGUAAGCGAUGAUCAGAAAAGUUAUAAUCAAUUUUUUUUUUCUUUUUAAACCUCAAUCAAAAUUAAAUGAUUGUAUAUUUCGGACAUAACAAUGCUUCACGCAUUCUAUGUAGAUUUUACUUGCUAGUAUAAUAUAAAAUAUUUAAA